UGCAGUGUCGCGCUUCUCUGUUCUUGCUGGAUUGUUAGAUGGCUGUGGAUUGUUUUCCUCGGGACAUUCACAACAAGGUUAAAAUAUCAAACACGUCUCAUGACCCCAAUCCAAAGCGUUCGGGGUUUAUCAGGGGGGACCCGGAACAAUAAUUUCCUCACCCAUUUAACUCCUCAUGCGUUGUUUAUAUGUUGAAAACGGAUGAAUAGAUUCAGCGUUUGUUGAUGGUGCAUUGUUGUGGUUUGUGAUGUAUUGCUGGCUCGCAGCCUCUUCAGCUGAACUAUAGAUGCAUGAAUCGUUUUCGAGUCGUGUUUGUGCCGAUCCGUUUAGUUUUUCGCAGCGGAUCGUUGAAUCAACGCAACAGCGUUAGCUGGCCUGGACAAAAUGAGCAGAAAACAGCAUCAUUUUAAAGGAGCAGAGGUCAGCUGCUGUGUUAAAUACUUCUUAUUCGGAUUCAACAUCAUAUUUUGGUUGCUGGGAGCUGCAUUCCUGGCUAUUGGACUUUGGGCCUGGGCAGAAAAGGGAGUGCUGUCAAACAUUUCCUCCAUCACAGAUCUGGGCGGCUUCGACCCUGUCUGGCUCUUCAUUGUCGUAGGAGGGGUGAUGUUCAUCCUCGGAUUUGCCGGAUGCAUCGGUGCGCUCCGGGAGAACACAUUCCUGCUCAAAUUUUUUUCAGUGUUUUUGGGCCUCAUCUUUUUCCUAGAGCUCACAGCUGGCAUUUUAGCCUUUGUGUUUAAAGACUGGAUCAAAGACCAGCUGAACUUCUUCAUCAACAACAAUGUUAAAGCAUAUCGGGAUGACAUUGACCUCCAGAACCUCAUUGAUUUUGCUCAAGAAUAUUGGUCGUGUUGUGGUGCUCAUGGGCCGAAUGACUGGAACCUGAACAUCUAUUUCAACUGCACCGACUCCAACCCCAGCCGGGAAAGGUGUGGCGUUCCCUUCUCCUGUUGCGUUAAAGACCCUGCUGAGGAUGUUCUGAAUACACAAUGUGGCUAUGAUGUGCGGCUUCAAGGGGAGUUGGAUCAGCAGAAGUACAUUUAUACAAAGGGCUGCGUGGGGCAGUUUGAAAAGUGGCUUCAGGACAAUCUGAUCAUUGUUGCUGGGAUUUUUGUGGGGAUUGCAUUAUUACAGGUAAGGACAAUGCUAAUGAAAAUGGUUUAAAGCAUGCACACAUCCUUUAAAGAUUUAGUAAAGACAGACUGAACAGAUUUUCUUGAAUGAGGCCUGAGUGUUAAAAUGGUCCCACAUGAAUGAAUGUUAUGCUGCCACCUUCUGGUUAAACCUUAAAAUUCAGCUUUAAGUUCCUGCAUAAUGGAUGCAUCUUAAAAAUUCCAGCUCAUAAUUU